AGUUGAGUUUGGUUCUACACUGCUGUCGGACACGCCGCUCUCUCACGUGGAUACUCGGCGCUGAAUCCGAAGUGAAUUACGGGAGGAAGUCGCUGUCACUCGAGACUAAGAACUUUGAGGAACGUUACGGAAGAACUGUCAGAGGAAAGUGUCGAUGAAAUCUUGCUUUUUUCCAGUUACGGAAAGUGUAGGCGCUCUCUCUCUCUCCCCGUAACCAGGACAUGACGUUCUCAUAUUCAGCGAAAUAUUAAAUAAAAAAGGAGAGGCGUUGAUUGAUCGAUUUUGUCUCUUAUCGUGGAUGAAUGCUCACGUGUGCAGAGUGAAGGCAGUGAAGUGUGGCCAUGGUCCAACUGGUGAAAUAAAAACGGUUUUGUGGCUUUUUUCCUUCAGGAUUCUUAUGGCAGCUGGCCCUCAGCGAUGAACUUCAUGCCCUUUCUUAUAUCAGCGAUUUUCGUGUUAGGCUUUGCAUCAUGGAGUAAAUGUCACGCCAGCACUCUCAACAUCAACCAGUCGGGAGCCGCAACUGGAGAUGACGUCACGGAAAGAGAGUCGGUCGACCUCAACCGUCGGAGUGCUCCACCAAAUGAACAGCCGUUUUCGGUGACACAGAAUGGCGAGGAAACGCGUCCGCUAAUGAGUCCAAAUGUCACUUCUGCAGACAGAUAUCAAGAAUUGUAUAAAGGGCAGGAGGCCACAACGAACGGUGAUGUCGAGGUCACUACUUGGAGUACGGGAGAAGAGAACGCCGAACAGUUGUUUGGCAUCACAGUAAAAGAGGGUGUCAUCAAAUUUGUUAGGCCUUUUACCACAAAAUCCAGUGACGAAACUCAUGACGCCACUGAAACAACCACCUAUAGUACCUAUGACACCCAGUCCACACAGGGAACUGAGGGUAUUGGGACUACUGCCUCCUUUUUGGGUACAACGGAAUCCUGGACAGACGUCGAUGAAUCAACCGUUGUGAACUCAGACGUCACAGAGCCUCAGGAGGAGAGAACGGACACCACAGACGAAAACACCCAAGAGACGCUCACAACAGAAGGUGAAGGAGAUGCGUGGGAAUAUUCCACUAUUCCAUAUCAAGAUGAACCGUCUACGCAAAUAUUCGUUGCCGGAGAUGACACUGCCAGGGAGAAGAGCUCUUAUCGUUCAGAUGAUACUUCAUUCGAACAGAGCACAUUAUAUUAUGAUCAACCAGUGACCGUCACUACCUUUGGAUAUCAACAAGAUGUAGAACAAUUUUCUGAUAGUGAAAUCUCCCUAGAUGACCUCGCGAACACCGCAGAAACGACCAGUCAGUCGGAACAGACGUCGCUGAUAUACAGUUCUGAAGAGGUCGACGACGAGAUUGGCGAUCAGACAGAAUUCGAAGAUCCGGAUGUCAUCAGUGAGACAGAAAACUCUUUGACCGAGUCCGGUGACCGCAAAAGCUACUGGAACCGAUUAUCGGAGACUAACCAGAUAGAAGACGACUCGGAGAGAUUUCGGAAGAGGAAGCGGAAGGGGCGAGAGUGGAAGGAUCGCAUCAUAGACGACAUGGGAUUCGUCGUCUCUCACCCGGAAAGCGAAAGGCUCGACGAGGAGGAUGAUCUCAAGAUCUACGAAGCUGUGGUCACCAGUAUGGCCCAGUGGGAGUUCAACAAGUUGCAGAAGAAGAUGAAAAAAGGUGGGAAGCGCAUCAAGAGAGACGAAGAGAGAGUCUGCUACAAGGAUCUCGGCUGCUUCUGGGAUGAGGGACCUUUCGACUACCUCGACAUGCUGCCUUCGCCUCCCGAAGAGAUCAACACCCGGUUCCUCCUCUUCACUCGGGAAAGGCGUGACCGGGAAAAGGUCAUCAAGUCCCAGAACAUCAGCACCAUCCUCGACUCCCACUUCAACACGUCGCGGCCAACCAAGAUGCUCAUUCACGGGUUCGGGUCUUCCUGUUACAGCGUCUGGAUCAGAGAAAUGAAAGAAAUCAUUCUGAAGCUGAUGGAUGUGAACAUCAUAUGUGUCAAUUGGCAGAAGGGAGCAGAAGUUCCAAAUUACGUCAGAGCGGCCAGCAAUACUCGUCUUGUCGGACGUCAGGUUGCAGUGCUGAUUCAGCAGAUCAAUGAUUUUCUCAACACCACUCUUGAUGAUUUCCACCUGAUUGGCUUCUCCCUUGGGGCUCAUGUCUCCGGUCACGCUGGAGCUCACCUGAAGAACUUAUCAAGAAUAUCAGGCUUAGAUCCAGCUGGACCUCUUUUCGAGUCCUACUCCCCGUCCGUUCGACUAGACGAAACGGACGCCAGGUUCGUAGACGUGAUCCACACGAAUGCUGAUUCCCUGUUGAUGGGCGGGCUGGGCGCUUUCGAGGCUAUGGGGCACGUCGAUUUCUAUCCCAAUGGAGGCAAGAUGCAAAAUGGCUGCGCAAAUCUCUUCCUUGGUGGUGUCUCGGAUAUUCUAUGGCCUACGGAGGGCGAUGGGCGGUACUUGUGCAACCACCGAAGGGGCUAUAAGUACUAUAUGCAUUCGAUGGUGCCGCAGUGCAAGUUCCCGGCAUUCGUCUGCCGCGACUAUGAGACCUUCCUGAAGGGCAACUGCUUCCCGUGCAAGUCCUGCGGCAGCAUGGGUUACUUCGCCAGCGAUGCGGAGGGGAGAGGCCAGCUUUACCUCGUCACCAGGGACACCGAGCCCUUCUGCGCCAACCAGUACAAAGUGUCCGUGAAGCACUCCGGUGGUCCGCCCGCUGAUCUGGUCACUACUUACGGACGCAUUGAAAUCACCUUCAUCAGCAGUGAUGGACUGAACGAAACACUUCAACUAACGCAAAGCGACGAUAUGGCGAUGGAGGCCGGAAGUGAAACGGUACGGAUACUGGUGCCUCAUCCGGCCAUGUCCGAUGUAGUGAGCGUCCAGCUUCGGUAUACGGCUUAUCAAGGCUGGAUCUAUUCGGGCUUCGCGAGAUGGGCCAUCGACAAGAUCUCUCUCAUGGACAGCUUCGGCAAGAUACUGUCCUUCUGCAACAGGGGCACGACCCUCGUGACGGGACAGGCUAUGCAGUUCACUCUCCUGUCAGGAGACUGCACAGUCUUGGAGACACAAGUCAUUCAUUCCAAUAAUAUUCAGCCUUUCACAGAUUCACUUCCUGAGGAAACGGAGAAUGAGGUGCGGCAGACUUCUUCUCUACAGAUUGCUGUUGCACCGAUUUUAGAAUCACACUUCAACUUUACGAAAUUAAAUCAUGGCGCAGCUAACCUUACCCUGCCAAUUCCAGCUCUUGCUCUCUCGCCUAUUGAGACCCAUGCGGGUGGUAGUAUCACGCCUACUCAUGGGCAGGUGCCUCCUCUUCCUAUAACUCUAGAACUUCCACAGCGCCACCACCAGGAGUAUCCUCCUAACGUCUAUGAUGCUUCGAGACCACAGCGUCUACCUCCUCUACAGUCAGUAGGACAAAGGCCACCGAAUAAUCCUCAUCCGUCCAGGUACAGUGGUGACCCCCUGAAAGCUUUGACUACUCCACAUUCAGUUCUGGAUAUCGCAAAGCCCGAAUUUUCGGUUAGCAGUGAGGAACCAGUGAGUGUCAUACCAGCUCCAAAUCUGGCAGGUUUUCCUAGACCUAUAGGUAUUGGCCAUCUGCAGCUGCCAAGCAAUAGAUACAGACCAGAUGCUGUGAGAUCGCCAGAAAACAUUCCAUUUACGCCGUUUGUUGAAAGUAUAUCGUCCACGGUCAGUGGUGAACUUCAAAGUAUUAAUACCAAAGGUCAAAGCUCAAGUCCCAAAACACCACAAGAACCUGAGUCUUCAGUGACCUUUGAAGCCCCUGGGAAUCUCUUGUCUGCCCUUCACAGUACAUAUGUUGAAGUUAUCAACUCAACAACAGUCAAAGUGACUACCUUUAACCAUGACAUGACUGAGAAGAGCAUUUUUGAUAAUACUUUUUCUCCAAGAACUAACGGAGUUUUACGUGGUGACCAUACUCAAGGCUUUUCUAGCACCACUCCCUUAACUUCUGAUGGAAGUUCCCAGUCACCAGCUAGUCCAGAUUCCCUUAUUACAACAACUGUAAAGUCGACUUCGCCUUUGUUGUCUACUUUAAGAACGCCUCCCACUGAACGUUUAAACCUUUCUAUUCCCCUUGGGACAAGUGCAACGCAGCAAUUUGGCUCAUUUGAUAGUGCCAAUGAAGAUGACAGGUUUUUGCCGCAGACUGAGCAUCUUUACAGACCACCUCCACCAACUCCCAAGCCACAACGCAUACAGUCAGACCUUGAGAAGGACAUUCCAACCAUUCUAGACUCCAACAGUUUGAUUGAUGGCGAGAUUCCUAAAAAAGAGGCAGCCAGAGCACUCGUACUGGAUCCUCUUCCUAGUAAUUUAUUUAAACCCGAAACAACCACUGAAAAUAAAAACAGACCAAACUGCAGAAAUUCUUCAUCCUGUCCUCCUCAUUUCCCAUUUAACAUAAGUGAUCGCACCACGCUGGUUCGAGCUCCAAAUAUAGCGCCUUCACUCUCAUCGUCAUAUCCAAAAAUUCUCACAUAUUCUCUUAAUUCUCGAUCUCCUUCUCCCAUUCAUGUUCAUUCUUUUCAAGAAGGAAACCCUCAGCGGGACUUCCCAACAGCCGCUGACGCCCCUCCCGAACCUCGUUCAAGUCAUGUGAGAUUUCACUUUGAGGAUUCGGAGGCUAUGUCUUCCGAAAUAUCCACUAGACCCGAUACAAAAUCUCCCCCUAAGGAGUUGAUUGCAAGUAGCAAUUCUCAGACGAGGCAACAUAGCUCACAGUCUGCACCAAGGCGAAUUCCAUUUGAUCAAGUCGGUCCUGAAAUCCCAUCUACUAGAACCAGAAAUCUUAACUUUGACAGAAACGCUCCUGUGGUCCCACUUCCAAACCUCAACCCUCCUCCUCUGGAAACCAUAGUUGGUCGGGGGAGGGCACCUGUUCCACCAUCUCGCUAUGCUCAAGAUUCAAGGGUUCAAAGUCAUUCACAAAACAGUCAACAAAAUGCAAAUCAGAAUGUACCGGAAGUUGGGAAUCCCUCGUCAGAACAUGCUCAGGAGCCCUUUCUUGUCCGGUCACAAUCGCUCAACCACCAAGGUCAGCUUUAUCCCUUUGAUCCUCAGCAUAAUUCUAACCAAAAUCCUAUGCACAGACACUCCGUUUCUUUUUCUGUUGGCAAUGUAACUAACAUGAGCUCAGACGUAAAUUCCGAAACCCUAUCUCAUUCAGUCCCAGCUUCCGCACCCUUUUAUGUUCAGAUUCUUCCUCCAGCUUUCAGUCAGUUGCCACAUUUGGAGACGUAUUCCCUACCAAUCGAUGCUAGGAAACUGCAGGAUUCGUCACACAGAAAGCGCGGGGGUGUCGGAUCCAGAACUAAUCGUGGUCGUAGUCUACCCAGUUCUCCUGUACCAUUGCCAAGUGCCCGGGGCGCAGUAUUCAAGCCCUUACUUCUCCAACUUCAGGAUAAUCUCAGAGGGAGAUAUAUACCCCUGAGACCUCCGCCAGAAAAUCUAAGACAGAACUAAAUUGUGGUAAGGGUUCUCGAUAGGUUACCAUAUGUGAACACAAGCGCAUCAUACACAUAUAGCCUACUUUCAUACUCGUACACAGAAACACAAGUGCAGGAGACGUUUUCAUAAUGAAAUGAAAGGUUUUAAAUUGGCUUAGAGAUUGUUUAUAUCUGUGUGUACGUCACAUUUUUUACUUAAAUUUUCUUUACAGAGGAAUAAUUUAGAAACACUGCUACGUAGAACCAGGUUGGUAGUUGUAUAUUAUUGGUGCUAUUUUUCCAUUUCUCAGUAGUAGAUGUCAGAUAAAGCUCUGCUGCUGUGUCACAUCUGAUACCCAUCAGUGUGGCCUAGUCUUUUUUCCCCUCAUUUAUGUGUAUGAGGCGACUUUGAUGUCCCGGAACACUUUGCUGAAGUCUUUGAACACACAAAAAAUGCACAAAGGUUUGUUGCGGCUUAUUUGUCCAAACAAACAACAUCAAGGUGUCUUUCGAUGAAAAUAUUAGAAAUAAAAAGUUUAAAGCUUAAUUUAGCACUCGCAGGAGUCUCCUUUGUUUGUCUUUCUUUUAGGAUCUUUAACCUCUGAAACAAAACAAAACGGCUUAAUUAAGAGCUGGUGAACAUGGAGAAAGUGACGGGCGAUUUGAGUUAAAUAAGGAAACUCAUAGUUAUUUGAUUUUAAAAACUGCAAGCUAAACAAUUGGUAACAAAGUCAGCAAUCUUAGGGUACCUACAGCACGGCAGAAACGGUGAUUUUUGUCAGAUAAAAGCAAACAUGAUCUCAUUUCUUCUUAAUUUUUCAGGCGGUUUUCAAGUAAGGCAUAACUGGCCAUACUUUGAUACCGCUCAUCAUGGGGCUAACGUUAAGAUGACAAGCAUAUUGUAUAGCGGCAAAGUUUUAGUGGGUUACUCACGAUAUAACAACGUCAAGACAUUAUACUUUGUAUAUACGUUAUACCCUAAAUAAGCCUUGUGGUUACGUUGGUAUUCUGAGAAUAUGCUAAAUCAUUCUUUAUGAGUUUUCUUGAUCCAACGAAAACAUUUCGUCUGUUUGGAACAGAUGAAGUCACCUAAAUAAUGAGAAAUAAGAAUCAUUAAAGUAUUGACUAUACUGUAUAAUCACUGGAUUUUAGUAGUGAUAGCUCAUUUUGCAAUAUUGCUUUAUUUUUCAGAAGAAUUCGUCAUCUCAAAGAAAAUAUUGUUAAAGAGGGUAAUGCAUUUAUUUCGUUGUUACCGAGCUUUAUAUAUAUAUAUAUAUAUAUAUAUAUAUAUAUAUAUAUAUAUAUAUAUAUAUAUAUAUAUAUAUAUAUAUAUAUAUAUAUAUACGUAUACGUAUAUAAUCUAUGCAAGAAAAUCAAUCGGGCUCAAGCUAAUUUUGUCAAAUUUUGUUAAGAAAACAAAACGCUCAGUAAUGUCCGAGAGGAUGCUGAUGCGUCCCGUCAAAAGGUGCUUAACUUUUGGAAGACUUGCUUCUGAAAUUCUGUUCGCGAGAACAUUUGAUUACUGAAAGAUUACGCUGAGAAAGAAACAGCUGAUGAGCUAAUACAGAAGAAUUGUUGCAGUUUUUGGAACUUAUUAAGGUGGUCGUUGACGGGUUGAGCACACGAUUACAAAUUGUUCAUGUUGUGGUGUCCCUUAUGUGUUUUUGUUAUCAUGAUAGAAUAUUCAAGCUAUGAUUAUUUAUCAAAUGUUGCUAUUUAUUAUUUAUUGAUGAGUAGAUGUUAAGUGCAUAUGUCACCAUGUUGGUGAAUAGUGUGUAAAUAUAUAUAUUAUGUAGUCUUCUUCAUUCUAACGUAUACUGGAAACGAGCUCUGCGGAUUCUCCUCAUUGCAGAGGAGACGCCCCGGCGCUUGAGGAAGGUUCUGGGAAUAAUCAGGACGUUCACUUCCCCUUUUCUUGUGGCCGGGAAUUUUGACAAGAGUUAACUACUCUUGCUGGUUCAGUUGGCACGCUUGAAAUGGGUUUUAAGAGAAAUCGCUGUAGCAGUUUCUCAAAAAUGCUAAUGUUGACCCUCCCAACUUACCCUCAUAGAAAAGCUCAUCAUUAACAUGUCUUUCCAUUAAUUUAUUUAUCAAAAUGUAAGUGCGAAUUGGUAAUAUUUAUUUUCCCUCCUUCUGAACGUCCUGCAUUGUUGCAUCAAUGCUUUGUUGUUGCACUGGCGUCCUGUAGACCUUUCCAAGAAGUAUACAGUCCUUUACUAAGACCUUAUGUUCUGUCACUCUUGCCCUCUCUCUAUGAAUCUGAAUUUUUUGUUUUCUGUAUAAGUUGUUGAAUAAUUGUUUGACUUCACGCUCUUCUUCUUUGUCUUAUUUUGCUCUUUGUAUUCUCAAAAUCCUUAUUUAUUUAUCUCUAAUUUAUGAUUUUUUUUGUAUCAGUCCCAACUGUCUGUCUGGCAAAAUGGCAUCUAUUAUGUUGUUCCACACAAACAGUUACAGUUCUGUAUGAAAAAUAUUAUGAUAUACUGUACGUGAGUUUCCCUUCAGUUGUAACCACAUCGAGUUCUCCAGCUUUUGCGUAGCGUUGGUGAAGGGUACACGAAUCACUGAGUGACACAAAACGUCUGCUGUUUACUUUUCGGGUUUUGAGAUAUUUUCUCUUUGAAACUGGUCCAUGAAACUGCUUUUGUUGAGUUUUGAACGUUGCUCCAGUGGCCCUUUCAAAAACAGAGUAAGAAUUAAGAUUAUAGCAAAAAGUUUAUCUCUUGGACGAGGUUUAGUACUAGCAAAAUUGUCUUUAGUACACAGUAUUCUAAUUUGGUGAAGAAACCAUAAUUAAGCAGACAGUCAUUUUCUGCAGUGUCAUGAAUAAAAGGAAAUGAUAAAAGUUGU